CAUAAAAAAAAAUCAAACCCCUCUCACUGUCUCACUCUCACUCCCCACUCUUUCACCAUGAAUUCUAUUGCUCUCAAAACCUUUGUCGGCCUCCGGCAAACCUCGCCGGAUGCGCCGCAUUUCGCUGCCCAGCCAAGACUCCCCCCAUCUCACCGAAAGUUUAGAAUUGUGGCCGGCAAAUUCAGCCCGAAGCUGCAGGGGCGGAACCUACGAGUGGCAGUAGUGGGUGGUGGUCCCGCCGGCGGCGCGGCGGCGGAGGCGCUGGCGAAGGGUGGCGUGGAGACUUUCCUUUUCGAGCGGAAGCUGGACAACUGCAAGCCGUGCGGGGGAGCGAUUCCGCUGUGCAUGGUGGGGGAGUUCGACCUGCCGCUGGACAUCAUUGACCGGCGCGUAACGAAGAUGAAGAUGAUAUCGCCGUCGAACGUGGCGGUGGACAUCGGGAGAACGCUUAAGCCGCACGAGUACAUUGGUAUGGUCCGGCGCGAGGUCCUGGAUGCUUACCUGAGAGAGCGGGCGAAAGAGAAUGGGGCUAGUGUCAUCAACGGGCUGUUCAUGAAAAUGGAUAUUCCGAAGGAUAACACCAGCCCCUACGUUCUUCAUUACUCUUCCUACGAUAACAAAAUCGGUGGGGCCGGUGAGAAGCGUACCUUGGAAGUUGACGCUGUCAUUGGUGCUGAUGGCGCUAAUUCUAAAGUCGCCAAGUCUAUUGAUGCCGGUGAAUACGAGUACGCCAUCGCCUUUCAGGAGAGGGUAAAAAUUCCGGAUGAUAAGAUGGCGUAUUACGAGGACCUAGCGGAGAUGUACGUGGGGGAUGAUGUUUCUCCGGAUUUCUACGGGUGGGUAUUUCCAAAAUGUGACCAUGUGGCUGUUGGAACUGGUACCGUGACACACAAGGGGGACAUCAAGAAGUUCCAACUAGCAACAAGGAAGAGAGCAGAAGACAAAAUUUUGGGAGGCAAGAUCAUCAGAGUGGAGGCUCACCCUAUCCCGGAACAUCCGCGGCCGCGAAGGUUGUUGGGUAGAGUGGCUCUGGUGGGCGAUGCUGCUGGGUAUGUAACGAAAUGCUCCGGAGAGGGAAUCUAUUUUGCGGCGAAGAGUGGUAGAAUGUGUGCAGAGGCAAUUGUUGAAGGUUCGGAGAAUGGGAAGAGGAUGGUGGAAGAAGGGGACUUGAGGAAGUACUUGGAGAAGUGGGAUAAGACUUAUUGGCCGACUUACAAGGUGUUGGAUGUGCUUCAGAAGGUGUUUUACAGGUCGAACCCAGCUAGGGAAGCGUUUGUGGAGAUGUGUGCUGAUGAGUAUGUGCAGAAGAUGACAUUUGAUAGCUAUUUGUACAAGACAGUGGUGCCUGGAAAUCCUCUGGAGGAUCUGAAAUUGGCCAUUAACACCAUUGGGAGCUUAGUUAGGGCCAGUGCCAUAAGGAGGGAGAUGAACAAACUUAAUGUAUGAUAUGACAAUAGUCAUCAUCUCUCUAUAUCUCUCAUACAUUUUUAAUUCUUUUUUGCAUUAUGUAUUUCCUACUGGACACCAUCUCCUUUCAUAUCAUAACUAUAUAUGUACGUUUAAGCAAAAGGGUUGAACUUUCA